AUGUAUCUAGACGGUCCGGAUAUCGAUCUCCUUGACGAUGAGUUUGAGCGAAUGGCACCCCUCUUUGACUCGAGGAUGUCUGAGCUUCUCGUCUUCAGCUUCGACAAACCAGACACCCGAAUACAGCUUUCGUAGUCGAUAUACCGGCCAAUGGUGGGUGCCAAGCUUGUGGCUUCGUUUUGAGCAAAACUGAUUGAUGUCGUCCCUUUCAGCUAGCAAACCCUGGCAUUUCGAGUCCGAGGACGCUGAGCCGCUUUCGUACCUCGCUGAACUAGAUCGGACCCUCAAUGGGAUCCGAACCAAAACGUGCUGCUCUUGGCCUUGACAGUGAUGCUGCACUGUAAAUUGAGUGCCUUGAGACCUGUAUCAGCCUCCUCCGAGCUGAUAACUCAUCUCUUCCCAUUCUAGGCUUGCCGUUCAGCGUUCAGCAGGCGUAUGACGAGGCCGAUGCUCAAGCAGAGGAACGCUUGCUGCUCGACGCCAUUGAGACAGCAAAUGAAAGCUUGCCGGGUCGUGUAGGUUCAUUUAAGCAGCAAUUGUCUUCGUGCAGCAACACUAAGCGGAAUCAGCACUCUUUCACAGGCUCAAAUUCUUCGGCGCCCAUCCCUUCUGCGUCACGACUCUCGUCAGCUUGCGCUUGAUCUGAAAAGCUUGAUCCAGCACCGUCAGGCCCGUCAAUGUGCGCCCACCUCAGAGCAAUCCUACUCCAGAGAAGGCACCGCGCGUGCCCAGGAUUUCGAUCCCACAUCAACAGCACAAACAAGUGAUGCAAGAUUGUCCGAGCAUGAUGACGUGCACUCCAGAGUCCUCCGAGGCUUAGUGCAAUCAAUGGGUGCAGCCCGUCUCGAAGCUGUGUCAGGAGUUGCGAGGUCCAUUCGUUGGACAGGACAAGGGACCUUCAGUCGCUUUUCAACCGCGAACGAGAUGGACAACAUAG